AGAUUCUCUCUGGUGCUAACUAUACUGCUUGCUGUAGUGGGAGUUCAGUCAAGCCCAGCGCCAACUGAAACUUCGAGCUCGUCAAUCUCCUCCAAGACUCAGUACCCUCCUGCUACGAAGGGAGCUAGAUUGCUGGAGCCAGAGACACAUGGUUUUUAUCCUACCAGUUUGGAGCGUGACGGUCAUAGUUGGCAGCACGCAACACCUACACCCUUUUCGCACAACGCUCUUGGAUUAAACAAUCUGGCCGACAAUUUUGAGCAUCCCAAAGAUUGGAUAGAUUGGAUGCUACCUAAUUUGCCAACGUUUAGCUCUGCUACGGGUAGACCUAGCGAGACUGUGAGCCACGGCAAACCAGUGGGCACCGCAUCAGACAUCGUCGGCGCCUCUUCUGCUUCUGCAGUGGAGCCAACUCCCGUUUCCGUUGUCGACGAGAAGCCCAGCGCAACCCACCAAGAUCAAACAAAGGCUCCCAUCGCCACGGCGUCAUCCUCUAUUACCGCGAUGUCUAACGCCCAAGAUGUCUUUCAGCCCAUAGCGACGGGUCCCAUUCCACGGACGAUCUCGGCACGGGACGAUCACCCGGUGCCCAAGAAGGGAAUUAAAUCCGAGGUACCUAUCGAGACCAAUAAGUUUUACAGUGGUCUCUUCUUAGGAACACAGACCAACGCGACGUUCACACAUCCAUAUGAGUUAGCCUGGGCAAAGGGCACUGGCAACCUUGCUAGCUGGGGCAUGGGCAUCACCCAUGUGGAGAGCGGACUGGCGAAAGGGCCAAAGAAUGAAAAGAUUCCGGGCCACCCAGUCUCUUUCUAUGUUAACCCCAUCGGCAUCCAGUCCAUCAUCCUCGGGGCAACGGAGCUGCGCAAUUCAACCGUACUUGAUACGGAGAAUCCGCUUCCGUUCUCUGCCAACGCUGUCCUGCGGCCAAAGGAUGGAGCAAACGAAAGCAUCACCUUCCCCAUUGUGCAGGGUAUGGGUUAUGUCUCGGGGGUCUAUUCCAACCUGCAGCCGGUGAUCCAGAGCAGUGUCCACUACAAGGAAGUGGUGUCCGCCGGAUCUCCGAGGCAGGGAAUCUUCAAAUACAUCAUAACCCUGGAAGACAAUGUCACUUGGCUGCUUUAUCUGACCCCAGAUGACGGGAAGAACCCUGAUCUGAAGUUGGAGUCCUCCACGGACCUUCGCGGGCCGCGCGGUUGGUCUGGUACGAUCCAGGUGGCGAAGAAUCCGGCCGGACGUUCAGGAGAGAAGCUGUACGACAACUCCGCAGGCGUCUUCGCAUUGGAGGGCGCCGUGGCAGGUAACGUCUCUAACAAGACCGGCACGUACAAUCUCAUGUGGGCGAAGGCCGGCAAAAAUGCGCAGGACAUACCUUUGAUCAUGUUCGCUCUUCCUCACCACGUUGAAUCCUUCGACCGGAGCACGCAGGGCCGCAUGACGAACAUCACCCUUCGGACGACGACCAAAGGCAACGCAACCGCGGUGAUUGGAGAAAUCUGGACGAUGACCGAACCAGACCUUCCAACUGACCUGGGGCUCGAAACCCGGUCGCUUAGUGCCGGUAGGAUCAGUGCGAUUUCUCAGGGUGCACGUCAAGUGAUCCUGGACGCGGCCCGGAAGGACCUGAACAACAGCGUCAGCAAAGAAAGUGACCUGAACAGCAUGUAUUUCAGCGGCAAGGCGCUGAGCAAAUAUGCCAUCCUGGUCCAUACUGUCAGCAAGAUUGGCGGAGAUCCUCAUCUUGCAUCGUCCACGCUGCAGGACCUGAAGCACGCCUUCUCCCGAUUCGUCAACAACACCCAGCAAUUUCCCCUGGUCUACGACAACGUCUGGAAGGGCGUGGUGUCUUCGGCCAGCUACGGUGGUGGCGACGUGGGCGCGGACUUUGGCAACACCUUGUACAAUGACCACCACUUCCACUACGGCUACUUCAUCCACGCUGCAGCGGUCAUUGGACAGCUUGAUCCGGCCUGGGUCGAACACAACAAGGACUGGGUCAACAUGCUGGUCCGUGACGCAGGAAACGCGGCUGGCAACGACCCGUACUUCCCGUUCUCUCGGGGAUUCGACUGGUUCCACGGUCAUUCGUGGGCCAAGGGCCUCUUCGAGUCCUUCGAUGGCAAAGACCAGGAGUCGUCGUCUGAGGAUACCAUGUUCGCCUACGCCAUCAAGAUGUGGGGUAAGACCGUGGGCGACGCCAGCAUGGAAGCCCGAGGCAAUCUGAUGCUGGGAAUCCUGCGACGCACCCUGCACAACUACUUCCUCCUUGACAACGACAACAAGAACCACCCUGCCGACUUUAUCGCCAACAAGGUCACCGGCAUAUUGUUCGAAAACAAGGUCGACCACACCACCUACUUCGGCGGCAACUUAGAAUACGUCCAUGGCAUCCACAUGCUCCCACUAUUGCCCUCCUCCGUGUACGCGCGCCGGCCCCAUUUCGUGAAAGAAGAGUGGAACGCCCUCUUCGCACACAACGCCACCACCCCGGCCGAAAACGUCGAAGGAGGCUGGAAGGGCGUGCUGUAUUCGAACCUGGCACUGAUCGAUCCCAAGGCGUCGUGGGAGUUCUUCGCCCAGCCCAACUUCAACUACACUUGGAUUGAUGGAGGCACCACGCGGACCUACUCUCUCGCGUUUGCUGCUGGCCUCGGUGGCGGUCCCUCCUCUUAGUAGGAUUUGGUAAUCUCUUCUUUUUUUGGUGGGCAGUUCUCUGCACCUUUUCAGAACAUAGUUGUGAGACUGGUUGUUUAUUUCGUGUCCAAUUUCUUGCCUUACGGAGUAUGUAUUUAAUUUUGAAUAUCAG